CCGCGGGCGCUGCACUCGGGCUCGGGCGCGCGGAGCCAGCGGCCGCCAGCCCGCAGCGGGGCCAUGGGCCGCGACGGCCGCGUGCCGGGGCUGCUCCGCCGCCACCUGCAGCCCACGCUCACCUACUGGAGCGUCUUCUUCAGCUUCGGCCUGUGCAUCGCCUUCCUGGGGCCCACGCUGCUGGACCUGCGCUGCCAGACGCACAGCUCGCUGCCCCAGAUCUCCUGGGUCUUCUUCUCGCAGCAGCUCUGCCUCCUGCUGGGCAGCGCCCUCGGGGGCGUCUUCAAGAGGACCCUGGCCCAGUCGCUAUGGGCCCUCUUCACAUCUUCCCUGGCCAUCUCACUGGUGUUUGCCGUCAUCCCCUUCUGUCGAGACGUGACGGUGCUGGCCUCUGUCAUGGCGCUGGCGGGCCUCGCCAUGGGCUGCAUCGACACCGUGGCCAACAUGCAACUGGUGAGGAUCUACCAGAAGGAUUCAGCCAUCUUCCUUCAGGUUCUCCAUUUCUUUGUGGGCUUUGGUGCUCUGCUGAGCCCCCUUAUUGCCGACCCCUUCCUGUCUGAGGCCAACUGCUUGCCCGCCAACGGCACAGCCAACAGCACCUCUGGCAGCCACCUCUUCCAUGCGUCCAGGGUCCUGGGCCAGCACCACGCUGAGGCGUGGCGUUGGUCCAACCAGUCGCUCUCCAGGCUGCCUCCGCAGGAUGGAGCAAGGACCCGCGUGUCGUACGCCUUCUGGAUCAUGGCCCUGAUCAACCUCCCGGUGCCCCUGGCUGUGCUGUUUCUGCUGUCCAAAGAGCGGCUGCUGGCCUGCUGCCCUCAGAGGAGGCCCCUGCUCCUGUCUGCAGAUGAGCUCGCCCUGGAGACCCAGCCUCCUGAGAAGGAAGAUGCCUCCUCCCUGCCCCCAAAGUUUCAGCCGCACCCAGGGCACGAGGACCUGUUCAGCUGCUGCCAGAGAAAGAACUGCAAAGGAGCCCCUUAUUCCUUCUUCGCCAUCCACAUCACAGCCGCCCUGGUCCUGUUCAUGACCGAUGGGAUGACGGGGGAGUAUUCAGCAUUUGUGUACAGCUAUGCAGUGGAGAAACCGCUCUCUGUGGGGCACAAGGUGGCUGGUUACCUCCCCAGCCUCUUCUGGGGCUUCAUCACCCUGGGUCGGCUCAUCUCUAUUCCCAUCUCUUCCAAAGUGAAGCCAGCCACCAUGGUUUUCAUCAAUGUGGUGGGCGUGGUGGUGACCUUCCUGGUGCUUCUUGUUUUCUCCUACAACGUCGCCUUCCUGUUCGUGGGGACAGCCAGCCUGGGCCUGUUCCUCAGCAGCACCUUCCCCAGCAUGCUGGCCUACACCGAGGACAUCCUGCAGUACAAAGGCUGUGCGACCACGGUGCUGGUGACGGGGGCAGGAAUUGGUGAGAUGGUCCUCCAGAUGCUGGUUGGUUCGAUAUUCCAGGCUCAGGGCAGCUAUAGUUUCCUGGUCUGUGGCGUGAUCUUUGGUUGCUUGGCUUUUACCUUCUAUAUCUUGCUCCUGUUUUUCCACAGGAUGCACCCUGGACUCUCAUCAGUUCCUACCCAGGACAAAGCCCUAGGAAUAGAAAGCCUGGAGUGCUACCAGAGGUAAAGCUGGGUGAAGGGGGCCGGCGAAGACUUCCGGCCUUUUGAGCACACCCGCCCAGGACUGAAGUGUUCAAGAUGCUUGGGGGUGGCGGUGGAGGCCAUCUCUCCACGCCUUGGCUUGGAUCUUCUCCGCUAAUCCUUGCUUGGGUAGAAGAGAUUAAAUUGACUUCUGGUACCUGGAUCCUCCCAGGGCAAAUCAUUAGACGUCUACUGGAUGGGUGUUCAAGUUCCCUUCCUCUUCCCUGGUUCGGACCUUUGGUCACAACUGUCCAGGAUACCCAGAUGGGAAGGAAGAAGACAGCCAUACGCUUCACUCCGUUGGCCACCUCUUGCAUGGACCACACCCUGCCUGGGUUUAAAAAUCACUUUUCAUUGAAGUUUGGAAGAAUAGGUUGAAAUUGUAAAGUUCAAUGAUCAUUGCUAGAUGUAGAUAUAUUUUAAAUUAGUCAAAAACAAACCCCAAGUUUAUGCCCUGGCAUGCUCAAAGGAUUGAUGUUGCUUUUUACCUUUUGAGAGUCCAAAGUCCUGCAAAUUCCUGUCGCUGAUAUCAAUAGUUCAUUUAAAAUCUAUAGCAUCAAAAGGAAAAGUUGACUCUUGCUGUCUUUGGGACCCUAAUUCAGUGGUAUGCUGGGCUAGCUCAGACUAUCAACAGCAGAUUGGUAAAAUUUCAUUUUGAGAACUGGCUGUGAAACACGGCCGUUGUUCAAAAUCAAAUUAUAGAAACUUACAAUUAAUUACAUUAAAGACGAAGGUAGUGACCACUCAAAACCCAUCACUUCCUUAAAGUCAUUUAUGUGUGUUGCAUCUGCGUGGCGGAAAGGUAUGCUUCUGUGCAUCUCUUCCCAGCAGCACUUUCAGCGAUCAUGUGUUUGGUGGCUUGAGAUAAGCCCUGGGGGUGGGGUAUUCCCCCCACAGGACCUGGCAAAAGCUGUCCAUCCUGGCUUCCUCCCACCUCCAGCCGCCAGAGAGCCGGGGGUGGAAACAUCUACCGGCAUACCACUGCUAACAACAGUGCUAACCGGCCCCGAAGUCAUCUGGGAGAACGGGACGAAGAUUCUGUUCUUCUUUACUGACGCUGACAGUGCUUAUAAAAGGUGUAGAAACGGCACUAAGAAUUUCUCCAAAAUAUCUAAUUUAAACUCGACAUCUUUUAUAGAAGGGCACAAAGCUCUUUAUACCACGUCAAGUUGUUUUCUUUAACAAAAAGCUGGGACUGCCUAGUGAUCCUGAGGAGGACAGGCUCCUGCCCAGGGCAAAUCCCCCAGCAGCACAGAGAGAGUCCAGAGCUGCCGCUUGGAGAGGGUAAGAGCGCUGAGGGGUCCGGAAGCAGUGAAGUGGCUAUCACAGUGACAGCACAUGCAUUUACCUGCAGUUUUCCUGUGUAUGUACAAAUGUACGUGGUCAAACAGAAAAAGAGGAUCAAGGUUCUCAGGAGCUGGUCUCAGCGGUCUCGCAGAUCAGUAGCAUUGUCCUGUAAGCCGCUCCACCUGCCAGCACCAUGUGUGCCCAAGGGACUCCGGCAGCCCUGGUGUGAGCCCUGGCCUCUCCCUCUAGCUGCAUGGCCCUGGGCAGAUAGAUCACUGAUGCUCUUCCGGCCUGGUUGUUGCUGUUGUUUUUAAAUCCAAGUGACAUUUCUAAAGGAACUGACCCUACCUCAAAGGAAUUCUGAAAGAAUUAAGUAACUUUGUUUGAAGCAAUUCUCAUUUGCCUGACACAGAAACUGCUUAGUAAAUGUUAGCAAUCUUUAUUUUUAAGACCUCA